UAAAAUCGCAAAUAUUUGGCAACACUGUUUUAGAAGUAGUAGUGUCAUUUCCUGUUGACAGACAUCUAUCAUUUUUGAAUUUGCAACCACAAAAUUUCCAGUAUCUUCAUCUUCCAUCUUCAUUUAAAUGCACCAACAUUGUUGCAAUCGUCCAUCGAAAUAUUCUCCUGUAACGCACGUCAUAUUCGAUUUAGAUGGCACAAUAAUCGAUUCUGAGCGUGUUUACGGCAGAGCCUUCAAACACGUCGUUGAAAGUUUCGACGUACCCUACGAGGACGAUUUCAUUUUAAAAGUUCAAGGCCGAGUACAAUAUGACGGCAGCAAAAUUGCUGUGGAACAUUUCAAUUUGCCUUGCAGCAUUGAGAAGUUCAUGGAACUCUAUCUCGAAAAUGCCAAUCAGUUUUUAAGCGAUUUGAAUCUAAUGCCAGGUGCCGAACGAAUUAUCAACCACCUCCACAAAUUCAACGUCCCAAUUUCCAUAGCCACCUCGUCCGCUGAAGACGCAUACCAAACAAAAACCGAAAAAUUUCCAGAAUUAUUCUCCAAAUUCCAUCACGUGGUGUGCGGUGGUACCGAUCCCGAAGUCCACAACGGCAAACCUGCACCUGACAUCUUUUUAGUAGCAGCUUCAAGAUUUGACGAACCCAUUCCAGAACCCAACAAAUGUCUCGUUUUCGAAGACUCGGUCCAGGGCAUGAAAGCUGGAUUAGCUGCCGGCAUGCAAGUGAUCAUAAUUCCAGAACCGAUGAUCAGUUAUGAAGAUUGGAAGUUGGCAACCUUGAGGCUGGAUUCUUUUAAUUACAUGAUGCCGGAGCUGUUCGAUUUGCCUCCGUUUCCAGACAAGGAAAUUGCCAAGGAGUUUGAUAGAGCUAGAGUGAUCAAGUACGGCGAUAGCUCCUUUCGAUUACCUCAACAACAAGAUUCAGCUGCAAUUAAAACUAAUGAAGAAAAAAGAUCGGUUGAAACUGAAGAAGAAAAAGGAUCGAUUGAAACUGAAGAAGAAAAAGGAUCAAUUAAAGCUGAUGAAGAACAAAAAUCAACUGAUGAAGAAGUUGAGCUUACAAAAGAUGAAACUGAACCCGAUGAAGCUAUAGAAAUUGAGCUUCCAGAACACGAACCUUCUAUAGAUGAAGAUUUGAAUGUUAAAGAAUCAGUUGUAGCUGAGGAACCUGAUGAGGCAGAACCAAUUGAUUUUGGAGAACCACAAGCUGAAAGCUCUAGAACCGAUUUAGAUGAAAACAAUGAUUUGAACGAAACUGAAGAUGAAAAGUUUGUAACUGCAAUUGAAGGAGAAGGCGAAACGGCACCACCAUAACUGUUUAAAUUUUGAUGAUGUUGGCAACGUUGCGCCUUGUUGUGACAAGUGACAGAAAUGCUUUUAUACUGUCAGCAUUGUUUUAAUCUAGUAGGCCAUGGAUAUUGUGAUUUUCAGUGUUGCCAACUGAUGAAGAACAAAGAUCAACUGAAUUGAGUUCAAGUUAAAACUACUCCAUUACCUGAAGCCGAUAAUGUUGGUCCCGUUUGUCAUCUGUCAAAUUUUAGGUUGUCAGUAGAGUCGAUAUUUUACCGGAAAAUUCAAAAUUACUGUCCAAAUAAUGGACAAAAUAAACCAAUUUUAUUAGUAAAAAAAAAUUCCAACAUAUGUAACUCUUUCAUUUAAGCUUCCUGCGUUGUCAAAUUUCAGAAAUCUUUGACGUAUACAUUUACGCGAGGUGAAUUUUUUCUUAGAUGUAAAGCGAGAAAUUCAAAAAUUUUCUGGCAACGUGGCAACAGUUGAUUUUGAUUUUAAUUGUGAGCUGUCGGAUUUCAGGUUGUCAAAGUUAUCGUUUAACCGGGAAUAUUAAAAUUAGUGUCCAAAACCUUUGAAAAAUUUAAUAUUCAAACGUUGAUUUCUAUAGCUAGUAAGUCAUGGAUAUUGUAAUUUACAGUGUUGCCAGCUGAUCAAUUAAAACUGAUGAAAAACAAAGAUCGACUAAGC